GUCGCCAUAGCUGAGUUGCCGGGCCCAUCGAUACCUAUCGAUAAGCGUGAGCAGCCCUGUCUGUGCAUGUGCUGCCAUUCCUUUCGAUGACCAGCGCUCCGUACACACGUUUUUCGGCUUUGUACAAACAAUCCGGGUGCAAUUCCAACCAAGAAGUGUUUAUUUCUUUUUUUUUCGUGUGCACGGCGCUUACAAUUUUGGCAUUUGGCUGCCGCGAGUGCGCGUGAUUAAGCAGGCAGCUCCGAUUGCCAGAGUUUCGCAAAGGGAUGGCAACACUGCCGCACGCCGGCCAUGUUAUUGUGAUUUGUAAAAGGUGGAACGUAGACACGUGUUUAAUUCGUGCAGCUCUGUAACGUUGAAAAAACCACACUACAUCGCCAGUAAAUAAGCAAAAACAAUACACAACACGCGUGUGCAGUCGAUAGCAUUGAAAGCACCCAAAAAUAGUGAGCAAUAUAAGUUACCCAAGCGGUUCCCAAAGAUCCUUCAAUAUUCAGCGAAAAUGGUAUCCGGUCGUCCUCUACUCUACCUUUCACUGCCCGGUGUAGCAUUUAUACUCGGCGUCUUUUGGUUUCGGCGUAGAAAUAAAAAUCGUUUAGACAAGCCCGACGAUGACGACUCAUCGGCCAUCAAUGACUCGUCGAUUGAGCCCACUGUGCAGGCGCGCAAGGCCAACGGUGUCCUGCAGAAUGGUAAGCUGCCACAGCAGCCGGCCAGCAAGUCGAUGAACAUUAAUGGAACUUUAGGCAACGGAAGCGGAAGCGGAAGUAGCAGUGAUGAGAAGGAUAGUCCCACUACCAUGCUGUAUGGUAAAUCAGCACCAAUCAAAAUCCAGAGCAAUGGACGCACUUCAAAUGGCAAACAUCAGCAGCAGAUUGAUUCAGAAAUGCUGAAGUCAAAGAUACAAGACGCCGAACAUAAGAAACUCUGCUCCAUAGACGAGGAUUUCGAAAAUCUAUCGUCGCCACGCGAUUUACCCGAUUCGGUAAACACACGCGUAUCCUUCCACAAUCGUAAGACUAGCCAAAAGACGGUGGAACCGGUGGUGAUCAAGGCCACACGCACACCCAAGAUAUCGCCAGAGAACUCUUUCCUGGAUACCAACUAUGCCACAAAGGAGUGUGAGCAAAACAACAAUUGUGAGCCCAAGGAGAAUUCUUCCAAGGAGGAGCCCACCAAGAAGGAGGCCGAUCAGGAGGUGCUCGACCAGGUUCAGGAGCAGACGGUGCUGAAGGAGGAAGUGGUGGAUAGCAAUGGCAACCAGAAGCGCAAUGUGGAUGCGGCCAGUCCAUCGCUGAGCAUUUGCAGUGUGCAAUCGGGCGAUUCUGGCAAAGGAUCCAGCUUGCCGCGCUCGGAGGCGACACGCGUGAAGACCAGUUACGAGUUCCUCUUCCCUAUCAGCCUGAUUGGUCACCUGUACGGCCGCAAGCGGGCGUUUAUAAACCAAAUCAAGGCCAAAACCCUGGCCAGCGUGGCUCUAAGCAAGAAUCCCUACUCGGGCAAGGUGCGCAUCUGCACCAUUGAGGGAACGGAGAGCGAGAUUGAUGCCGCUCUGGCCAUGAUCCGUCAACGUUUGCCGGCCAAGCGGUAUCCGAACUUCACCAUGCAACGCAUCCACUUUGCGCUUCCCCAGACCAUAGUUCCUCUCUCGACCGAAACCCUCUACAAUCUACAACUGAAACUGAUCGAGGGCAUCAACAACGAUGUGGUGGUUAGUGCGGUGCUUUCUGGGUCGCAUGUUUUCAUCCAGCACCCGCUGCAUCCUUCGCAUCCAUCGUUGCCUAUGCUGCAGAAGCAGCUGUACGAUAGCUACUCCACCAUGGAGGCGCCCUUGCUGCCCAGUUUGGAGGUCAGUGCCGUAUGCGUGAUACCCAUCAAUGGGGUGUGGUAUCGCGUCCAGAUUGUAGACACAGAUCCCGAGGACGAGGAGCGUUGCCUGGUCAAAUUCCUCGACUUUGGUGGCUACAUGAAUGUCGGUUUCAGCACACUGCGACAGAUCCGCACCGAUUUCAUGAAUGUGCCCUUCCAGGCCACCGAAUGCAUCCUGUCCAACAUUGAGCCCAUCGGUGGCACCUGGUCCAUCGAGGCGGCCGAAAUCCUCAACCAACUUACCAAAGGCAUUGUCUUGCAAGCACAAGUCGCCGGCUACAAUAGUCAUAACAUACCAGAAAUCUAUUUAUUCGCAUCCCUAGGUCCCAAUAAUGUAAUCUUUAUCAAUAAGGAGCUGGUCGCCAGAAACCUCGCAAAGUGGGUGGAGAUGCGUGACUAACAGCCUUAGUGAACAACUCAACUAGCAACCAAGAACUAUAUGAAAACUUAAAAGCAAACUUAAACAACAAUCACUCAAACCCAAAUCAAGCAACUUGGCAGUGCAACUUUUGUUGAAUACUUGAGUCUUGCGCAACAGGCUCCAAGAAGCGGAUUCGGAUCAAGGAUUUCGUAUGCAGCUUUUGCAGUUAGCAUGUAGCACACAGCAUAUAGCUAUUGGCCGAUUCCAAAAGAUCUGGCAAUUGCAGAGGCCCCAAAACAAAAGAAUAAGAAACGUUAGUUACGUUGUAGAUUGCGACUGAGCCUAGAGAGAGCCCCCUUAAUCAUUACAUAAACAACACCCAAAAAAAAAAACAAAAACAAAAACGCAGAAUACACACACGCAUAUAUGAGUAAGAGCACCUAACACCUCACUAACCCACACAUAUUACACAACAAGGCAAACGUUUGUUUGCUGACUGUCCAGGAUUGGAUACCAAAAUGGGGGGAAGAUCAGCUAGGUUAUGACUUGUGACCACAUGGCACCUGGCACAUGGGCGGGCGGGCAUCCUACGGAUCGGCUAGAGCUGUCGGAUUUGAGAGCGAACCGCUUAAGAUAUUACCAUACUCAGUUUAUAAGUAGGCAUUACUACCUAGUGUAAAUAGUUUUUAUAACGUUAACGAAAUGCAAAAACAAAAAUACACUAAUUAAACCUAAUUAAAAUAUCAAGCGUUAAUCAGAUAUACAGAAAAAAGAAAAAAAAAAUGAGAACUAAAUAUAUCUCUGGGUAAAAAUGAAAGGAAAAACCUGACAUAAUUUUAGUUUUAUGCUGCUAUUUGCUGAGAUCUGUAAAUAUUAUAUUAGGCUUUUUUAAACAUCUGAUAAUAUCUGAUCGAUCACUUCAUAUAUUUACAUGCAUUAUAUAUUUUUUUGUUAAUUUGUUUUCAUACUGAAACUACUCAACCGCGAAAAGUACAAGAUUACUUCGAACAGCUGAAACUUGGAGAUGAAAUGGAGAUGAAGGAGUUAGGAGCUGUAAGGAAGUUUAAGGAGCAGCAACCCCUCACCUCACCACACCACACCCGCACUAAAGCCACAGAAUGCCUAACAAAGAAAGAAACCAUUUAAAUGCAGACAGAGUAACGUUACAAAUUCUAAUUAACUAUACACUUGUCAGAAAAAAUAUGCGUACACCACCCAAUGCAUAACUUUGAUGGCAAAAAAGUAUAUUUAUAUAAAUGAUAUCGACUUCAUUUCUUUUUUCAGUUAUGCAUUGAGUGUGUACGCAUACUUUUUCUGGCAAGUAUAUAUGCGUGUGUGCCAUUGUUAGUCAACAAACAAACAUAACAAACAAAACAAACAAACAAAAAAAAAAACAGAAAAACCUUGAAUGCAUAAAGAAAUGGAUACUUUCCCCCCAAACCAUUGUAAAUAAAAUCCAUUUUGACAGACAAAGAAAUGCAAAAAAAAAUGAGAAACAAUAAUUGUUGCUACCAAAACUAGCCUAUUGAAAAGAAGGAGUGAAAACCUCUAAAUGCCUUUCUUUCAAACUUCUUUUGUAUAAGCAAGGGAACUUUCUUAAAACGACAAGCAAGCAAAUUGCUGCAAACUUAUCGCUUUAAGCUAGCCAUUCUGGGUGUCUACCCUAGCAGCAAUAUUAGCUAGAAUUGUUCUAAGUGUAGCACAGCCACAACAACAUCAACAACACAACAUCGAUAACACAAUAACACACUAACCAACCAACCAACCAACCAAUCAAGAAACCAAUCAUGUAAAUCAUAUUUAUUUUGUUGACAAGAAUAGAGUUUUAUUUCAAAUGUAUUUUACAUUGACAAAUGAUCGGCAGCAACGGAAAUACUAUAAAUUUCUAAAUCGUUUUAUAAAGAUUUCAGGUUAAAUCAUAAUUCAGCUUAAUAGUCGUCGUCAUCGUACUCAUGUCGUCAUCGUCAUAAUUAAAUUACUUAGAUAAUAUAACGUACAAGUGAUGAUCCACACAAUAUCUAUCUAUUUGAUCAACAUGAAAGACUUGGAGUGUUUUUCUUCUUCUACGGUAGUUUACAAUUAUUAUAGUUAAUGCUAUCAUUAUACCAUUAUUAUUAUUAUUAUUAUUACUACUUCUUUUUUUUGCUGUUUGUUUUUAGAUAUUUCUUGUGUAAUUAUGCUAUCAUUUACAUGAUAAUUAAAAGUAGUUCAUUCUUAUUGUUAUCCUAAUCUAAAACAUUGACUUGAUCAACUUUUGGAGGGGCCAAGGAGGUUUCUGGCGAGUGGGGGUCUCCAGCCCCCUCCGCCCCCUCCCGCUGCCUUCCACAUUUUAGUGCAAAUUCGUUUAAUGGAUCCUCGUUUUAAUGUCGCCUUUGGAAAUUCGGUUGAAAGAGAACUACAUUUUAGCCUAUGGAACACUAAAUACCUAUUAUUUGUUACUUUUAAAUGGAGAAUUAAACAUUAGACAAGAUGAGAGAAUAAUUUCAAUUUGUAUGCGCCAGAGUUGUCAACGUUCUCGGUGUUUUUAUCGAAUUCAUUGUAGAUUUGUCACUUGUACAAUUGUUGAUAAACUGAUUAACUGAUAAACUGAUUUACUGACAUAGAGAUAAUGCAAACACAACAGACAUGAUGUAGAGCACAUAUUGAAACUAAUCUUAGUCGAUAGCAAGAAGAGAAGAGUGUGUCCUCCCUCAAAGAUCAUCGUAUGUAUGUGUGGUACUUCUACUUUUUUUUUCUUAUCUAGUAAUGCUGAGAGACAAGAGUUACGAAUAAGAUUUAAUUUAUAGACGCAUUCAAGUGAGAAUAAUUUACAAAUCUAGUUAUUAACUAAAUAUAAUGCAAGUACAUUAAAAUAAAAACAUUGAAAAAGGAA